AUGUCUCUCUCGUCGUGCUUUGGCUCGCGCAAACGUGAUGAGGACCAUCGUCCGUUGUUGCCCCAGUAUCGAGAUGAUACGACACUGCAGAGAGAGGUACAUCAGAAGCUCCACUCGUACCAGAUGUGGAGGGCCCUUUCCAAGGGUUUCAUGCCAUCCAACGAACAACUCAUCGUCAACCUGCGAAGUUUGCUAUCUGCAGAUGUUUUGAACCCAGAGAACCCAGACCUGAGCGACUCCGGCCGUCUGCUGGUCAAGUUCACCAAACAAUGGCUUCAUCAGUUCAUCGACACAAUGAACCACAAGAACAGCGAAGACCAGAUCCAGGACUUUCUCUGGUAUCUGUCCAAGUCGAGGGUUUCUGUAGAUAUGGGUGACAUGGUACGACGAACAACUAGGUCGAAAGCAAAGGCAGAUGCCACUGCAGCAUACCACAGCCUGCAAACCGUUGGCUCUCUGCUUCUCACCAACUCCGACUUCCGUAUCUUCCUCUCCGAUCUCAACACCGUGGGCCGCGAAGUAUUCAAAGACACUGCCUUCACCUUGUCCAAAGUGGCGAAAGAGGCUGGAAAGAAGAUUGAGCCUACACAGGAGGAACAAAAGGCACUCAAGGAACCUGGCGCAGACGAGGGUCAAGCACAUUCGGCUGAAGAUCUGGGUGGCGAGGUCGCUGAGGUCGCCAAAGUAGUUGGAAAUGGCGUCGCCCAGGUUGCCAAGGGCGCAGAUAUAAGCUUGGCCGAGAAGCUACAAGGCGACGAGGGCGAUUCUCUGCUGUACCGCCUCAAGAAGACAGUCACAAACCUGAGGCAAAAGAGGGACUACAACGACUCAGUCUCAGUGUUGGCCAUGCUCCUGAAACGCUAUGCUAUGGCAUACUCCCGUACAGUGGAGGAUGCCAUGGGCACGCUCGAAACCGAUGUUACACCGAACCGGGAGAUGGAAAAGGCUGUCAAGAACUUCUGGACUUUCUUAAGCUCUUUCGGGGACAAGCAAGAAUGGAAUAAGCUCGAAGAUGCUUUCCACAAGGUUUUGGAGCACUCUCGUAAAGAUCCCGAGUUCGAAGACUUGCUCACAGACAUUGGCAACUCCCUGCAGAAGCUCCUGACCGACCCCGACUUCUUCGACCAUGUCGACGAAAAGUUCCAGGAGCUCCGCAAGAAGGCCAGGGGUGUCGGCACCGAAUCGUCGCUUCGCCAGGAUGUUGAUGUGUUCUUCGAGCAAUCUCAGAGAACCUUUAUGGCAGUCACGCAAGAUCAGGAUAUCGCAAAGAUGAUUAACACGACGAUGAAGCUCUGGAACAUAUUGUCACCUAUGCACACGAACACCAAUAGCGAGCUGAUCCAAGAUGCCAUCAACGUCUUCGUUCCUCUCGGCAUCCAGGCAAUUCAGUACAUUCCCAUUCCUCGACUAGAGGUCUCCACACCAGAAGUCGACAUGUUGCUAGAGAACCUGAUCAUCGAACCGGGAAAAACUGUCAACCAUACCUCCUUCCUUCCCUUCCGCUUCAAGGUAGAAACCUAUAACGACUUUGAACUCCGCAAGGCGCGCUUCCGUGUAGCAUCCAAGGCCACUUCGAAAUUCACCGUCAAGAUUGACGGCCUUUCAUUCAGUGCAGAUGAAGUUGGCUUCCUCCUCCGCGCUCACUCAGGUCUCCUUCGUCUCGCAGAUGAAGGUAUCGCAUCUUUCCAGCUCGAUGAGCGCGGCAUUGACAUUCACUUGGACGUUGAAGUCGGCAAGGAGAAGCUCGAACAGAUCCUCACUCUCAAGGCUGUCCGCGUACACAUCCACAAGCUUUCCUACACCCUUCGCAAGUCAAAGUUUAGCCUCAUCGGUUGGAUCCUCAAGCCCUUCCUCCGCCCCGUUAUCCGCAAGGUCAUAGAGAAGCAAAUGGCAAAGGGUAUCGCAGAUGCUAUCCACGCUGCUAACCGCGAGCUCAUAUUUGCUCGUGAGAGGCUCCGCGCGACCAGGAUCUCUGACCCAGAGGAUCUCAAGACGUUUGUCAAGGCUGUCAUCACGCGUUUGACACCUGCCGAUGACCCCGAUCUUUACACGAGGGUUGGUGUUGGGGCACCUGGCAAGGGUGUGUUUGCAGGCAAAUAUGCACCUGGCAGUGUGGUCAAGCUUUGGGAGGAAGAAGGCAGGCGUGCGGAAGAGCGCAUUGAUGACUGGGAUGAGGGCGGCUGGAGGAACGAUGUUUUCGACUUGCACGCCAGGACCAUGGGUUGA